AUGCAGCAUUUAGUCCUUACCGUGUCGAAAAGACCUGGCUUUCGUGUUUCUUUCGCCGGUCGCGAGUGGCGCUUUGUCCCGGAACAACUGGUUGCAAUGGUCUUGAAAAACUUGGUGUCAAUCGUUGAGUCAUCUGUGACUUCCAAAAGUCAAGCGGUUGUCAUCGGGGUUCCAGACUUCUAUGAUGAAAGAGAACAACAGGCGAUGUUGGAUGCCGCACGCAUUGCGAAAUUGUCAAAUGUAACACUGUUAGAUGCGACAACUGCUAUCGGACUAUUUUAUACGCAUGGACCGAAUCUGCUGCCCGACGAGGGAAUGCCUCCUAAAAAGGUUGCGUUUAUCAAUGUGGGGCAUAAGAGCACGCAAGUAUCUAUUUGUGCAUUCACAAAAUCAAGAAUGAAGAUCUUGGGCUCUGCUUCAGACCCACAACUGGGAGGGAGAGAUUUUGACCGCGUAUUAAACAUCCGACUACAGCAACAAUUCGCUAACACUUGGAAGGUAAUUAUACUUGUACUCAUUUGCCACAAAUUUCAGUCGGGCAAAGCAACCCCAUUGAUUUUAUACAGGUUGAGGAAAGAAGCCGAAUUGUUAAAGAUAAGAAUGACUUCCAGUGCGGCAGAAAUAUCCGUUUUAUUGGAACGACUGCUACAUGGAAAUGAUCUCAAAUUCCGUAUAUGUCGUGCUCAAUUUGAAGGACUUUUGGGCGAUUUGCGGAACCGCUUCCGGGGCUUGUUUGAAGAAUGUAUUCGGAGAAGUACCAUUAAUGUUAAGGAGCUUAGUGCAGUAGAACUGAUUGGUGGAGGUUUUCGUGUUCACGCCAUACAGCAGGUGGUUCAUUUUGUGUUCAGACAAAUGGGACACCCCAUUGUGAAUGGAGACGAGGCCGUUGCCAGAGGAUGUGCACUCUACGCUGGAAUGAUUUCACCUGGAGUGGGGACACAUGGCCUGGAGGCUAUUCAAAGUCCCCAAAUCAAACGAAGCUUUAAAGACUGCAAUCCUGGCUACAGUGAAGGAGACUUCUGUGGGUUCUGGCAAACUGAGGCCUGGUUGGAGUCGCUCCAAGAUAUGGCUGUGAAUCGAUAUCAGUGGCGUUUUUCUUUUCACUUUCUCUCCGGGCUGCCUGAACGAGUGUUUGGAGGUUUAGAUACCUUGGAAUUAUUGCUUUCAAAUAAAUCGUGGUUGCACGGCAGCGAAGCAUCAAUGGUGACCAUUGGUUUCAUCCUGUCGACGAUGCUGAUGACACAGAGCCACGGAAAUUUCAUUCUAAGUUUACGCGCUUAUGUUUGGUCAAUGUCAGACAAAAAACCAUGUUGUACUCUCCGUGCAUCUCACGAUAAUCAUGGAAUUUCGAAACCGUCCGAAACUACUAUCAAAUUACAAGACGAACUUGCAGAACUAGACACGUACGAACGCACAAGACAAGACGUUGAAAAUUUGAAAGAAUCUUAUUGGUUUGAACCGAACGUGCAUGUGGUGAAUGGUACGCACGAAGGAGACGAACCGACGGGAGAUCAUUCAGAUCUGCCAAGGAGGCAACCGUGUUUUGAUACUGAAAAGCGCACGGUAGUAGGAUUCCACGAGGAACAAUUGUGCCGUAUUGGAGGCAUGAUCCAAGUUAAUGAACAUCGGGGGGAACCAGCACAACGUGCAUCUCAUUAUGUUCUACAAACUGCUCUGGCACUGGAGACUUCCAUUCGUUUCAAACAACAGCAUGCUUUGCAACAGCCUCUUUUCCAGGAUUUUUUACCUUUACACCCAAAGCAGAACCUGUCACUCUUCGUUAAUAAGGAAACUACUCACAAGGUUGCUGAAAACUCUUCAAAAGCCCACGACCGGUUUCGCCCUUCUUGGGGCUCAUCAGGUAGGCGCAGUCCCCGAGUUUCCGUCAACCUUAUGAUCUACUUGAACCCAAAUUGCACUGUUUUCGAGAAGGGCGAAACCGGUGCAAAUCAAUUUGGUUUUCACGGGAGACUCAAUUGA